CUCCUAUCAGCUGUUAAGAGCCAAGAGGAAAGAGGAAGAACCAUACGUAACUUUUAUUUACAAGUUGAGCCAUGAAAAUACCACAUAUACGAUCCCUUGUUUGGCUAGCAGCAAAGCGUUCGGCAGCCACAAGCACAGGUAAUCAUGUGCGAAUUGUGGAGGUGGGUCCAAGGGAUGGUCUUCAAAAUGAGCCUAAACUGCUGCCGGCAGCCACCAAAAUCGAGCUGAUCAACCAACUUUCCGAGACGGGUCUGCAAUCCAUUGAAGCAACCAGUUUUGUUAGUGCCAAAUGGGUGCCCCAGAUGGGCGACAAUGCGGAGGUGCUGCGCGGAAUCCGUAAAGUGGCCGGGGUCAGUUAUCCUGUGCUUACGCCCAAUUUAAAAGGGUUCGAAAGUGCUCUGGCGGCGGGAGCCCAAGAGGUAGCAGUUUUUGGAGCCGCAUCCGAUGCGUUUUCUCUCAAAAACGUCAAUUGCACGGCUAGAGAGGCGAUCGAACGCUUUAAACCCGUGCUGAAGGCAGCCGAGGUGCACGGAGUUCGUGUGCGGGGAUAUGUGUCCACCGUGGUUGGCUGCCCAUAUGAGGGUGCCGUUGCGCCGAGUGCCGUGGUCAAAGUGGUGGAGGCACUGCAUCAAAUGGGUUGUUACGAGAUCUCCCUGGGCGACACAAUUGGUGUGGGCACUCCUGGCAGCAUGCGCCGUAUGCUCGACGAGGUGACCAAAGCCGUUCCGGCGAAAAAUCUAGCCGUGCACUGUCACGACACUUACGGCCAGGCGCUGAGUAACAUCCUUGCAUCACUUGACUAUGGUAUCCAGGUCGUGGACUCCUCGGUUUCCGGCCUUGGUGGAUGCCCUUAUGCCAAGGGUGCGUCUGGCAACGCAGCCACCGAGGAUGUGGUAUACAUGCUGCACGGCUUGGGCCUAGAAACCGGUGUAAGCCUGGACAAACUUAUCCAAGUGGGUCGGUAUAUUUGCACCGAACUGGGAAGACCCUCCGAGUCCAAGGUCAAUAGAGCCUGGAAAGGUCCUCAGCUGCAAAACCAGUGAUCCUGCUAAUUUGAUAUGACGAAAACGAAGGCAUUUAAUAGUACUAGUUUUACAAUACAUUUAUUAUUGUUGCAAUAUUAACCCUAA